AUGUUUGGAUCAGAAAAGAUCCGCCAUGCGCAGCCUGGCAUCCAGGUCACCGGUGACAAGUUUCCCUCCGACGGUGACUCUGACUCAAUUGUCGAGUUCAACACUGGGAAGGAUAAAAAUGAGUCAGUUGCAUCCGGUGAAUUGGAAAGUGUGGCAGGCUCUGAACCUAAACUGGGUAUAGAGACUUCCAAGACUGGUAGCAUUGCGCUGAAAGAUUAUGUCAAUUACCUCAAACGUGGCGCCAGAUACUGCGGCUUACUGGCCUCCAUGCUGCUCUACUUAAUCACCAUGGCCUUGUUCAGUGCUUAUGACCUUCUUCUAGCUAACUGGACAAAUCAGGCCAACCAGAUCCAUUUGCAGUCAGUGAGCCAUCUGGUGCCGAACACCACCAGUAACCCAAUGCCCGUGGAUAUAUUCACCCACAACAAAACCUACCUUAUGAUCUUGGGAAUAAUUGAACUCGCCCUCAUCGUAUUUGCAAUCUUCCGCUCUUGGACAUUCUUUGCAAUUGUAAACACUUCUGGCCGCAAAAUUCACAAUGCCAUGCUUCGAAGUUUAAUUGCUGCAAAGAUCGACUUCUUUCAAUUCCACAGCGCAGGUAUGACGGACGUACAUACUCUGUAA